GUUUCCUUGGGCCUGGAGCCCGGACACACAGGGCUCACCCUUCCCCAACCCCAGUUCUACGUCCGAAGUCGAUACACUCUCUUACCACCUGUGUGGAGAAGAGGGAGUGGAUUUGAAAUCAAGUCCAGGUAUCUGGGGUCCCUAGACAGAGUCGGAGUUGGGAUCCUGUGUCCUGCUAUUCCUGCUGGGGCUUCACCAGGUGUUAUGGAGCUGGGUCUGUCUCCACCUCAUCUCAGCAGCUCCCCGGAAGACCUGUACCUGGCCCCUGGGACCCCUCCUGGGACUCCCCCGCUUCCCGAUGCCCCUCUGCCUCGGGAGGUGAAGAGGUCCCAGCCUGUGCCCAUUCCAUCCAGCAGCCAUAGGAAACUUCUUCGAGAGGAGGAGCUGCAGGCAACCUCUCUACCCUCCAUUCCCAACCCCUUCCCUGAGCUCUGCAGUCCUCCUUCACAGACUCCCAUUCUUGGGGGGCCCUCCAGUACAAGGGGGUUGCUCCCUCGAGAUGCUACCUGCCCCCAUGUAGUAAAGGUGUACAGCGAAGAUGGGGCCUGCCGGUCAGUGGAGGUGACAGCAGGUGUCACGGCUCGCUACGUGUGUGAAAUGCUGGUGCAGCGAGCUCAUGCCCUGAGCGAUGAGAACUGGGGGCUGGUGGAGUGCCACCCGCAGCUAGCAUUGGAGCGGGGCUUGGAGGACCAUGAGUCCGUGGUGGAAGUGCAGGCUGCCUGGCCCAUUGGUGGAGACAGCCGCUUUGUCUUCCGGAAGAACUUUGCCAAGUAUGAACUGUUCAAGAGCACCUCACACUCCUUGUUCCCAGAAAAAAUGGUCUCCAGCUGUUUGGAUGCGCACACGGGCCUAUCCCAUGAAGACCUCAUCCAGAACUUCCUGAAUGCAGGCAGCUUCCCGGAGAUCCAGGGCUUCCUGCAACUGCGGGGGUCAGGACACAAGCUCUGGAAACGAUUCUUCUGCUUCUUGCGCCGGUCUGGCCUCUAUUACUCCACCAAGGGCACCUCCAAGGACCCAAGGCACCUGCAGUACAUAGCAGAUGUGAACGAGUCCAGUGCGUAUGUGGUGACCCAGGGCCGCAAGCUCUACGGGAUGCCCACAGACUUCGGCUUCUGUAUCAAGCUGAACAAGCUUCGGAACGGCCACAAGGCACUUCGUGUCUUCUGCAGUGAGGAUGAGCAGAGCCGUACCUGCUGGCUAGCUGCUUUCCGCCUCUUCAAGUAUGGGGUGCAGCUGUAUAGGAAUUAUCAGCUGGCACAGUCUCGCCACCUGCACCCAUCCGGUGUGGGCUCUCCGCCCUUGAGGAGUGUCUUGGAUAACACCCUGGUAGCCAUGGACUUCUCUGGCCGUGCUGGUCGUGUCAUUGAGAACCCCAGGGAAGCGCUGAGUGCAGCCCUUGAGGAAGCCCAGGCCUGGAGGAAGAAGACAAACCACCGACUCAGCCUGCCCACCCCAGCCUCAGGCACGAGCCUCAGUGCAGCCAUCCACCGCACUCAACCCUGGUUCCAUGGACGCAUUUCCCGAGAGGAGAGCCAGCGGCUCAUCAGGCAGCAGGGCCUGGUAGACGGGCUGUUCCUUGUCCGAGAGAGUCAGCGGAACCCACAGGGCUUUGUCCUCUCUUUGUGCCACCUGCAGAAAGUUAAACAUUAUCUUAUCCUGCCGGUGAGUAGUUCUCUUCCUCCCCAAGGGUCCCAGAUUCUUGAAGUGGAGACACAGACUCAUCAGGCCCCCUCAAGAAGCCCCCCUGGCCUCCACUGUAUCUGGGUUCCCUGCUCUCUCCUUUCUGCCCACAUGAGCAAUGGAGACCUCAGCGCUGGCCCAGGAGGGAGCUCCAGCCUCAUGCCCCUCGCUAACCUUCUACCCCUUAUGGCUGCACCCCAGAGCGAGGAGGAGGGCCGCCUUUACUUCAGCAUGGACGAUGGCCACACUCGCUUCACUGACCUGCUGCAGCUUGUGGAGUUCCACCAGCUGAACCGUGGCAUCCUGCCGUGCUUGCUGCGCCAUUGCUGCACCCGUGUUGCCCUCUGACUGCCACAGAAGCAGGCACUUGUCUCAGCCUGCUCCAGGCUGCCCAUCGUCCCCUCUGUUCAUGGGGUGGACUUGGAGGCUGUGGGAGGUACAGGGUCAUGGAUAAUUGGAGGGCUCCUCCACUCUAGAGAAUUUUCUUUUCUCCUUUGCCUCAGGCGGAAAGUGCCCCCUAUCUAGUCCACCCUUCUCUUCAAGGGAAGGCACUUGUUUGGUCCUCUCCCCUUCAUGGAGCUCUUGGGCACUGCUUUGGGGCAGGGCAUUAUGGGAGAAAUGGGGGCAGCCCAGGUGGUCUUGUGUCUCACAUUUUGUACAGACUGAGAGGCCAGUUGAUCUGCUCUGUUUUAUACUAGUGGCAAUAAAGAUUAUUUUUUGAUACA